UAAUCACGUUUUUGUUUAUAAGAAUACGGACUUUACCCCACGGUGUUUUAUCACCCCCAGUCCAGUUGGUGGCGCUACCUGCUCACACAACAGGAUGGGUUUCCACUGAAACCAACUUUCUACUUUUAAACAAUGGAGCAAACUGCGACUGAAACCCCUCGAAACGUAUUCAGUUGCCAGUUAUGCGGUUUGAGCACCUCAUUUACGUACUACGGCCAGAAACCACCCAACACCAGAGCCAUUGUGUUGCUUGAGGAAUGUUUUGUGGCUAAGGAUCCAUUCAGUCCGGAUAAGGAGAAGUUUCUGGUGUUGGGAUCUGCAUGCAGCCUAUGCAACACGUGUGUCUGUGUUGGACCGGACUGCAGCCUGUUCUACACCAAGAGGUUCUGCAUGCAGUGCGUGAAUAAGCACCUGGACCAGUUCCCCCAUCAGAUUCGGGCCGAGCUGGCAAAGAAGAAGCAGAGUUCAAAGUCCGGCGUCUCAUGACACACGAGGUCCUCCAACACGCUCACCAGACUGCAACAGAAGUUGUACUUUUUGUGGAACAAAACGUUCAGCACUAGACGUACCGGUGGGGAUUGUGUGAAAGCCGUAUCAAGUCACAGAAAAUGUAACUGGUCCUGCUUUUAAUUUGAAAUUCAAAAGCAUCCUUUAUGUUAAAGGACACUAGCUGUCACUGCCUACUGGUUAAAAAAAAUAUAUAUAAAUGUUUCACAUAAUUCAUACCCAUUCAACAUUUUUAUCUAUGUCAAACCAAAAACAUGAGUUUAGAUUUUGUUUAAUGGAGAAUAAUUUUCAAGCAGAACAAAAACAAACAAACAAACAAGGGUUUCGAUUGAAAAAUGUGGAAUUUGUUUGUUUUCAGCCCACUUUACUCCUAACUGGUAAGUCCACCAUAUUUCACCAUAAGAACCAUUCUUAUGGUGAAAUAUGGUGGUGGCAGCAUCGUGAUGUUGGAGAAGCUGGGGGUCUUUAAAUAAUAAAUAAAAUCCAGAUCAAGCAGUCAA